GGUGACCUUCUGGGUGGCACAGGCCGGCAGAAGACAGGGCUGCUCAGGCCCACUGGGGACUCCUCCUUCAGGGCUCUAUUGUGCCCAGGUGCUCCUGUGGGCUCCAGGGUCUCCCACCCCUUGUCCCCCUGCAGCAGCCAUGCAGAAAGCCCGGGGGACCCGGGGAGAAUCUGUCAGCCCAAGGGCACCCCCCAGCCCAGGUGUGCCCCCAAAGAGAGCCAAGGUGGGGAGCGGGGCCGGGACGGGGGCCCGGGGAACAGCCGCAGGGGCCCCCGUCUUCCAUCGGCAGCUGAAGAACACGGCGGUUUUCUCUGGCCGGGAUGUGAGGCUGCAGGUGGUGGUGAGUGGGACACCCCAGCCUGUCCUCAGCUGGCUCCGAGAUGAGAAGCCCCUUCCCCAGCCCUCCCCAGAGCCCAGCUGCCUCUGGCUCCGGGGCUGUGGGGCCCAGGAUGCGGGAGCAUACACCUGUAUCGCGAGGAAUGAGCGAGGAGAGGCCUCCACUACUGGGGUGCUGACUGUUCUCGAGGUGGAAGACUCGGAGACUGGUGAAGAUGAUAUCAGUGAUGCUCAAGGGACACAGCGCCUGGAACUGCAAGAAGAUGGGGCCUUCAGCACUCCCACAGGGGGUUCAGACACCCUGGUGGGCACCUCUCUUGACACCCCUCCGACCUCCGUGACGGGGACCUCUGAGGAGCAGGCGAGCUGGUGGGGCAGCGGGCAGACGGUGUUGGAGCAGGAGGCGGGCAGCAGCGGUGGUGGCGGUAGUUCCCGCCGGCUCCCAGGCAGCCCAAGGCAAGCACAGGCAGCCGGGGCCGGGGCCGGGCCGCGGCACCUGGGGGUGGAGCCGCUGGUGCGGGCAUCUCGUGCUAAUCUGGUGGGCACAAGCUGGGGGUCAGAGGAUAGCCUUUCGGUGGCCAGUGACCUGUACGGCAGCGCAUUCAGCCUGUACAGAGGACGAGCCCUCUCCAUACACGUCAGCGUGCCGCAGGCUGGGCUUCGGAGAGAGGACCCUGACCCUCAGCCCCAGCCUGCCAGUGAAGCUCCAAGACGUCCUGCCCAACCGCCUCCCUCCAAAUCGGCUCUGCUCCCCCCACCUUCUCCAAGGGUGGGGAAACGACCUCCUUCUGUGCCUGGCACGCAGCCCCCUGCCCCUUCCACCGUGCCCCAAAGGAAGCCUCAGGAGCCGGGGGCCCUGGAGGAGCUGGAAGAGAAGAGAGGGAAGAAGCCCAAGUCGUCAGGGCCCUCGCUGGCGGGCACCCUGGAGUCUCGCUCCCAGACCCCCCUGAGUGAAGCUUCGGGCCGCCUGUCUGGGGUGCGCUGCUCCCCACGGCUGGUGCGAGCUGGCUCCCGGAUCUUGGACAAGCUGCAGUUCUUCGAGGAACGUCGGCGCAGCCUGGAGAAGAGUGACUCCCCGGUUCCUCUGAGGGCGUGGGUUCCCUUGCGGAAGGCACGCUCCCUGGAUCAGCCCAAGGCCGAAGGCGGGCAGUGGGGCACGCCGGGGACCUCCAGGGAAGAGUUGCGGGAGGGGUCACGAGGGGAGCUAGGCACCGUGGCAGAGAGGCGCUGGUUAUUUCGGCAGAAGGCGGCCUCCCUGGACGAUCGGGUCCGGCAGCGCAGCCCCAGCCCCGCCACUGACCUGGAGCUCCGCUUUGCUCAGGAGCUGGGCCGCAUCCGUCGCUCGGCUUCCAGGGAGGAAUUGGUCCGCUCUCACGAGUCUCUCCAGGCCACGCUGCAGAAGGCCCCAUCUCCUCGGGACCCGGGGGAGCCUCCCUUGUUCUCUAGCCCCUCAACCCCAAAGACUCCCCCGCCAGAGAGCACCUCCACCGUCCAGCAGCUGGCCCUGAGCAGCGUGGGGAGGGUUGGAGAUGAGGCAGCAGGCAAGGGGGCCGGCGCAGCCCGAGGCCGAGGGCAGGCAGGCCGGACAGACCUCGGGGAAGGCCACCAGCAAGAGGUUCGUCGGAGAGAACAGUUCCCACUUACUCGGGGAAGGGCUAUUCAGGAAUCCAGGAGCCCCGAGCCCCCCGAGCCCAGGACAAAAGCACAUCUAGGCCGGAAGCGGGAUCCCCCCACGCAAGCUGUACGCUUCUUACCCUGGGCCACGCCUGAGCCAGAGGGGUCUGCCGUACCCCCAACCCUGGAAAAGAACCAGCCUGGGCCCGAGGCAGAGAAGAGACUACGGAGAGGCCCAGAGGAAGAUGGACCUUGGGGAGCCUGGGACCGGCGAGCACCGCGUAGCAAGGGCAAAGGUCAUCAUCGGGCACGGCCUACCUCACCUGACCUCGAGUCCUCGGACGAUUCCUAUGUCUCAGCUGGAGAGGAACCCUUGGAGGCUCCUGUCUUUGAGAUCCCAUUGCAGAGUGUGGUGGUGGCUCCAGGGUUCGAUGCCAUGCUCAAAUGUAUUGUCACAGCCAACCCCCCACCCCAAGUGUCUUGGCAAAAAGAUGGCAUACCCCUCCGGAGCAGUGAGCGGAUCCUCGUCCGGGACGAAGGGGAGAGACACACUCUGUUGCUGCAGGAAGCCCGGCUAGCUGAUUCCGGUCUCUAUACCAUCACCGCCACCAAUGAGUUGGGCCAGGCCACCUGCAAUGCCUCACUCUCUGUUGAACCUGGAGGGGCCAAAUCCCCUUUCAGCAGCCCCAUCACAUCAGAUGAAGAGUAUCUGAGUCCUCCUGAGGAGUUUCCAGAACCAGAGGAAGCCUGGCACAAAACUUCUGCCAUGAAGCUCAGCCCCAGCCAGGCUCAAAGCACCCCAGACACCAGCUCCAGGGCUCCCCCCAUCUUCAAGGUUUCACUCAUGGACCAGUCAGUAAGGGAGGGCCAGGAUGUGACCAUGAGCAUCCGAGUGCAGGGGGAGCCCAAGCCUGUUGUCUCCUGGCUUCGGAAUCGCCAGCCAGUACGCCCGGACCAAAGACGCUUUGCAGAGGAGGCAGAGGGUGGCUUGUGUCGGCUUCGCAUCCUGGCAGCAGAACGCGGAGAUGCUGGCUUCUAUACCUGCAAGGCCGUGAAUGAAUAUGGCACCCGGCAAUGUGAGGCCAGGCUGGAGGUCAGAGCGCACCCUGAAAGUCGGUCCCUGGCGGUGGUGGCCCCCCUGCAGGACGUGAACGUGGGGGCCGGGGAGAUGGCGCUCUUUGAGUGUCUGGUCACGGGCCCUUCAGACGUGGAGGUAGACUGGCUGUGUCGGGGCCGGCUGCUGCAGCCUGCCCUACUCAAAUGUAAGAUGCACUUUGAUGGGAGGAAGUCCAAGCUGCUGCUCACAUCUGUGCACGAAGAUGACAGCGGUGUCUAUACCUGCAAGCUUAGUACAGCCAAAGAUGAACUGACCUGCAGUGCCCGCCUGACCGUUCGACCCUCACUGGCACCAUUGUUCACAAGAAUAUUGGAGGACGUAGAAGUGUUGGAGGGUCGGGGAGCUCGGUUUGAUUGCAAGAUCAGUGGCCUGCCACCACCCACUGUCACCUGGACUCAUUUUGGGAACCCUGUGGAGGAGAAUGAGAAUGUGAGGCUUCGGCAUGAAGGGGGCCUUCAUUCCCUGCUCAUAGCCCACGUGGGCAGCGAGGAUGAAGGUCUGUAUGAAGUCAGUGCCACCAAUAUUCAUGGCCAUGCCAACUGCUCUGCUCAGCUUUAUGUGGAAGAACCACGCUCAUCCACCUCAGGCCCCAGUUCCAAGUUGGAGAAGAUGCCAUCGAUCCCUGAAGAACCUGAGCAGGGAGAGCUGGAGAGACUGUCCAUACCAGAUUUCCUCAGGCCACUGAUGGACCUGGAGGUAGGGCUAGCCAAGGAGGCAGUACUGGAGUGCCAGGUGACUGGACUGCCCUACCCCACCAUCAGUUGGUUCCACAAUGGUCAGCGCAUCCAGAGUUCAGAUGAUCGUCGGAUGACACAGUACAGGGAUGUACAUCGAUUGGUGUUUCCAGUGGUGGGGCCACAGCAUGCUGGUGUCUAUAAGAGUGUCAUUGCUAACAAGCUGGGCAAGGCUGCCUGUUAUGCCCACCUUUAUGUCACAGAUUUAGUACCUGGUCCUCCUGAUGGGCCCCCACAGGUGGUGAAUGUGACUGGGAGAAUGGUUAUGCUCAAAUGGAAUCCUCCCAGAAGCGUCGACAUGGCCAUUGAUCCAGAUACUCUGACCUACACAGUUCAACACCAAGUGGUAGGUUCAGGCCAGUGGACGGCUCUGGCCUCGGGUCUACGGGAGCCAAGCUGGGCAGCCAUGGGGCUGCGUAAGGGGGCACAGCACAUCUUUCGAGUUCUUAGCACUACAGUCAAGAGCAGCAGCAAGCCUUCCCCAGCCUCUGAACCUGUGCAGCUGUUGGAACGGGGUCCAGUGCUAGAAGAAGCCCCUGUGGUGCUGGACAAGCCAGAUGUGGUGUAUGUGGUAGAGGGGCAGCCAGUCAGUGUCGCUGUCACCUUCAACCACGUGGAAGCCCAAGUCGUCUGGAGGAGCUGUCGAGGGGCAUUAUUGGAAGCCCGUGCGGGCAUGUAUGAGCUGAGCCAACCGGAUGAUGACCAGUACUGCCUGCGCAUUUGCCACGUGAAUCGUCGAGAUGUGGGGGCCCUCAGCUGUACGGCACGAAACCGGCACGGCACCCAGGCCUGUUCCAUCACCCUGGAACUCGCAGAGGCUCCGCGGUUCGAGUCCAUCAUGGAGGACGUAGAGGUUGGGCCUGGAGAGACGGCUCGUUUUGCUGUGGUGGUAGAAGGGAAGCCACUGCCAGACAUCAUGUGGUACAAGGAGGAGGCCCUGUUGGAGGAGAGCAGCCACCUGAGCUUCGUGUAUGAGGAGAGUGAGUGCUCCCUCGUGGUGCUGAGCACAGGACCCCAAGAUGGCGGGGUCUACACCUGCACAGCCCGCAACCUGGCAGGGGAGGUAUCUUGCAAGGCUGAGCUGGCCAUUCGAACAGCUCAGACAUCCAUGGAGAUUGAGGGGGUUGGGGAAGAAGAAGAGCUGCGGGGACAGAGGCUCAGUGACUUUUAUGACAUCCACCAGGAGAUUGGCAGAGGUGCCUUCUCCUACCUUCGUCGGGUGGUGGAGCGGAGUUCUGGCCUUGAGUUUGCUGCCAAGUUCAUCCCAAGCCAGGCCAAACCGAAGGCUUCUGCGCGCCGGGAGGCCGGGCUGUUGUCCAGACUCCAACAUGACUGUGUCAUCUACUUCCAUGAAGCCUUUGAGCGGCGACGGGGCCUCGUUAUCGUCACUGAGCUCUGCACAGAAGAGCUUCUAGAACGAAUGGCCAGGAAACCCACCGUGUGUGAGUCUGAGAUCCGGGGCUAUGUGAAGCAAGUGCUGGAGGGGGUCUCUUACCUUCACCAGAGCCACGUGCUGCACCUCGAUAUCAAGCCGGAGAAUCUGCUGGUAUGGGAUGGGGCUGGGGGUGCCGAACAGGUGCGGAUCUGUGACUUCGGCAACGCCCAGGAACUGACCCCCGAGGAGCCCCAGUACUGCCAAUAUGGCACCCCUGAAUUUGUGGGGCCUGAGAUUGUCAACCAGACGCCUGUAUCUGGGGUCACUGAUGUCUGGCCUGUGGGUGUCGUCGCUUUCCUCUGUCUGACGGGGAUCUCACCCUUCGUUGGGGAGAACGACCGCACGACCCUGAUGAACAUCCGAAACUACAAUGUGGCCUUUGAGGAGACGACGUUCCUCAGCCUGAGUCGAGAGGCCCGAGGCUUCCUCAUUAAAGUUCUUGUUCAAGACCGGCUGAGGCCCACAGCAGAGGAAACCUUAGAGCAUGCUUGGUUUAAGGCAACAGCGAAGGGGGCAGAUAUCAGCACAGACCACUUGAAGCUCUUCCUGUCCCGAAGGAGGUGGCAGCGUUCCCAGAUCAGCUACAAGUGCCAUCUGGUGCUGCGCCCGAUCCCAGAAUUGCUGCGGGCUCCCCCUGAGCGGGUGUGGGUGGCAGUGCCUCGGCGCCCACCCCCAGGGGGUCUUUCAUCUUCCUCAGACUCAGAAGAGGAGGAACUAGAGGAAUUGCCCUCAGUGCCUCGCCCGCUGCUGCCCGAGUUCUCUGGCUCCAGAGUCUCUCUCACUGACAUCGCCACUGAGGACGAUGCCCCUGGGGUUCCUGACACUAGGGAUUCUACCCCCAUGGACUGGCAGGAGCAGGGUGGGCCGCCCCCUGGAGAUAGUGCUCCCAGCUCUCAGGCUCUCCCCUCCCCAGGCCCACAAGCCCCUGAGAUGGCAGCUCCCCGGCGGGGGGAGCUUCGCAGGGGCAGCUCAGCAGAGAGUGCCUUGCCCCGGGCAGGGCCGCGGGAGCCGGGCCGGGGGCUGCAGAAGGCAGCCUCUGUAGACCUGCCCCAGCGCCGCAGCCCUAGCCCGGGGGCUGCCCGCCUGGCAAGGGGAGGCCUGGGUGAGGGAGAGUAUGCUCAGAGGCUCCAGGCCCUUCGGCAGAGGCUCCUUCGGGUAGGUCCUGAAGAUGGCAAGGUCAGCGGCCUUCGUGGACCUCUGUUAGAGAGCCUGGGGGGUGGAGGAAGGGCCCGUGAUCCCCGGCUGGCACGGGCUGCCUCCAGUGAGGCAGCACCCCGACAUCCACUGCCCCCUGAGGCCCGAAGCCUACAGAAAAGCAGUAGUUUCUCCCAGGGGGAAGCAGAACCCAGGGGUAGGCACCGCCGGGCUGGGGCCCCCCUGGAGAUCCCUGUGGCCCGACUAGGGGCCCGGAGAUUACAGGAGUCCCCUUCCCUGUCUGCCCUCAGUGAGGCCCAACCACAUAGUCCUGCCAAACCCAUCCCUGACAAGCUAUCUCCUACCAAACCUGCUUCCCCAGGGCCCACCAAGCAGCCCUUGGCUUCCUCUAGGGGCUCGCCCCGGCCAGGGCCCCCCAAGACUGCUCGAGAAGAGCAAGUGCCUAAGCCAAGACCUUCCAGAACCCCAGAACCCCCAAAGGCAGCCCCCCCUGCCCCAGAGACUCCACUGACCCCCUAUGCCCAGAUCAUCCAGUCUCUCCAGCUGCCUGGCACUCCAAAGAUUGUCUUGGGCCCUCCCCCGGAGCCUACGCCCCACGAGGCUGUCUUUGCCAAGGUUGCAUCUCCUGGGAAGCCAGGGCUGGGAGUCAAGGGGCUCGGACCUCCUUCUGGGGAGAAGGCGGUGCUUCCCUCGAGGCCUACUGGCUCCAACAGGAGCUUAAGCAGCAUUGAGAAUCUGGACUCAGAGGAAGUGUUUGAGGCUAAAUUCAAGAAGAGCCGCCAGUCGCCCCUGGCUCGGAGACUGAAGAUACUGAGCCGUUCUCAGUCCGAGGAGCGGGGCCCUUUCCGGGGCUCGGAGGAGGAAGAUGGCAUGUACCGGCCCAGCCCAGCUGGGACUCCCCUGGAGCUGGUGAAGCGGCCUGAGCGGUCUCGCUCUGUGCAGGACCUUCGAGGGGCCGGGGGGCCGGGGGAGAUGGGGCUGGUACGACGCCUCUCGCUGUCCCUUUCCCAGCGGCUUCGCCGGACGCCCCCCUCCCAACGUCACCCAUCCUGGGGGGCUUCCCGGGCUGGGGACGGCGAGAGCUCGGAGGGGGGUGAUUCGGCCAAGGGGUCCCCAGUCCUGGCUGUUCGGAGGAAGCUCAGCGCCACCCUGGAGCGACUCUCGGGGCGCCUGCACCGGAGCGGUAGCAGUGAGGAGUCGGGAGGCCGCUCCGGGGGCAGCACCCCGCUCCUGGGCCGCCUGCGCAGGGCCACAUCCGAGGGCGAGAGCCUGCGACGCCUUGGCCUGCCCCACAACCAGCUGGCGGCCCAAGCGGGCACUGCUACGCCCUCGGCCGAGUCUCUGGGUUCUGAGGCUAGUGCUACUUCUGCCUCUUCAGGUCCUGGAGAAGGCCGGACUCGGUCCCGCUGGGAUCGCUGGGGCCUGUCAAGGUCUCGGAAGGACAAAGGGUCAUCCCAGCCUAAUCUCCCAGCCAGCGUCCAGGAGGAUUCAGCUUUGGGCUACCAAUAUGUGCGCAGUGAGUCAGACUUUCCUCCCGUCUUUCAUAUCAAGCUGAAGGACCAGGUGCUGCUGGAGGGGGAGGCAGCCACCCUCCUGUGCCUCCCAGCAGCGUGCCCUGCACCCCACAUAUCCUGGACAAAAGACAAACAGUCCCUUCGGUCAGAACCAUCGGUGACUAUAGUAUCCUGCAAAGAUGGACGACAGCUGCUGACCAUCCCUCGGGCUGGGAAGCGCCAUGCUGGCCUGUAUGAGUGUUCUGCCCGCAAUGCCUUGGGUAGCACCACCAGCUCCUGUACUCUGGCUGUGGCCCGUCUUCCAGGAAAGCUGGCUCCCCCUGAAGUGCCCCAGAAAUACCAGGAUACAGCAUUGGUGGUGUGGAAGCCUGGAGAUAGUCAAGCCCCUUGUACAUACACAUUAGAGCGCCGUGUAGAUGGGGAAUCCACAUGGCACUGUGUGAGCUCAGGCAUCACCGACUGCUACUACAACGUGACACAAUUGCCACCGGGCAUGACGGUGAGGUUUCGAGUGGCCUGUGCCAACCGAGCUGGGCAGGGCCCCUUCAGCAACGCAUCGGAGAAGGUCUUUGUUGGGAAAGUCACAGAUACUGCCAUUCUGAAAUCGACUCAACAAGAAAUCCCUAUUACCUCAGUGCCAGCUGGGACCCCCAUUCCUUCCACUCCUACCUCACCUCUCUCUACCCCAGCCCCAGGCUCUCCAGCUGCCCCAGCCUCUCCAGCUCCAGCCACACCAACCCCAGACACCUCAGCCCCAGCUCCUGGGCUCCCAUCUAUCUUGGUUCCAGCUUCUCCACACUCUCCUCCUUCAGCUCCAAGCUCCCCCUCUCCCCCAACACCCCUCAACCAGGUCCGGUCUCCCCUCAAGGCUGUAGGCCCACCUCCUCCAACUCCUCCACGAAAGCACAGGGGCCUGCUGGCCGCACGGCAAGCAGAGCUCACGUCCCCCAGUGAUCAGCCCCCGCCUAGUGGGUCGGAGCCUCUUGCCUCUAACACAAAACCCCCAUCUCCCAGUCCCUCUGAGGAUAAACCGAGCUCCUCCCCAGCCCCCAUGUACAUGGUGACUUCUUUUGUGUCUGCACCUGCUAUCCCUGAGCCCCAAGGCCCUGAGCCUGCCCCCAGCCCCACUAAGGUGACUGUGCGCAGCCUCACUCCGGCCAAGGAGCGGGUCAGCUCUCCAGCCAGCGGAUCCCCCAGCUCUCCUGGCCCCGAGGGUACCACUCUUCGUCAGGGACCUCCCCAGAAGCCCUACACCUUCCUGGAGGAGAAGGCCAGGGGUCGUUUCGGUGUGGUGAGGGCUUGCCGGGAGAACGCCACGGGCCGGUCAUUUGUGGCAAAGAUUGUCCCCUAUGCGGCGGAGGGGAAGCAGCGGGUCCUUCAGGAAUACGAAGUAUUGCGCUCUCUACACCAUGAGCGGCUCAUGUCACUGCACGAGGCGUACAUCACCCCCCGUUAUCUUGUGCUCAUCGCUGAAAGCUGUGGCAAUCGAGAGCUGCUCUGUGGACUCAGUGAACGAUUUCGGUACUCUGAGGACGAUGUGGCCACUUAUGUGGUCCAGCUGCUCCAAGGCCUGGAAUACCUCCAUGACCACCAUGUGCUGCAUUUGGACAUCAAGCCGGACAACUUGCUGCUCGCCCAGGACAACGCUCUCAAGAUUGUUGACUUUGGCAGUGCCCAACCCUACAGUCCCCAGGCCCUGCAGCCCCUGGGUCACCGUACUGGCACCCUGGAGUACAUGGCUCCUGAGAUGGUGAAAGGUGAACCCAUUGGCUCUGCCACAGACAUCUGGGGUGUGGGUGUGCUCACCUACAUCAUGCUCAGUGGACGCUCCCCAUUUUAUGAGCCAGAUCCCCGGGAGACAGAAGCCCGGAUUGUUGGGGGCCGAUUUGAUGCCUUCCUGCUGUACCCCAAUACCUCCCAGAGUGCUGCCCUCUUUUUGCGCAAGGUCCUGUCUGUCCACCCCUGGAGCCGGCCCUCACUGCAGGACUGCCUGGCACACCCAUGGCUUCAGGAUGCCUACCUGAUGAAGCUUCGGCGCCAGACACUGACUUUUACCACCAAUAGGCUGAAGGAGUUCCUGGGAGAACAGAAACGACGACGGGCAGAGGCUGCCACCCGCCAUAAGGUGUUGCUACGCUCCUACCCUGGCAGCCCUUAGCCUUCUGGAUCCCAGAUCCCUGGCCUCCUGGACCUCAGACCCCCCAGCCUCCUGGGCCCUGGACUCUGGGGUCCCUGCAAUCCAGCUCCUGGACUCCCCAGCCUUUGCACACGGGACAUUCCAGAGGCUUAUGGCAGCACUGGGGUAGGGUGGGGGAAGGCAGAGAGGCCAAAGGGGACUGGACACCACCAGCAACAGCCAACCAGGUGGCAUUACCUCAUGGACCCAUGGGCAAUGGGAGCCCCAGGGAUAGCAUAAGCCCUGCCUGGGGUCCAACAAGCUUCAACCAGGCUAAAGGACUGAGAGCUGGGGGAGAUGAGGGACAUGGAGAGAAAUAGAGUCAGAGGACUGGGGCAGGGCAGAGGGCAGAGGGAAAGGGAAUUGAGGAUUUGGAAGGAAUAUAAUGCUGGGUAGGGAGCCCUCUGGGGAAGAGAUGGAGGGGAAUAAUGGGUCUAGGCACCAGUAUCAGAGAGAAGAAAGAGCAGGAGUAAGAAAUGAGACAGCCAGCAUUGUGGGGCCGAUGGGAUGAGAACCGUCAGUAAACUAGGAUGGGUAAAGGCAAAAGAAGCAGGAAUAGAACCUCAAAGAGUCCUGUUAGGUGGGGCAGUGAUGAAGCCUAGGAAACUGAUGGGGGGGUCAGUCUGUGGCUGUGGGAGUUGGAAUAGGGGAACUGGGCAGCAGAACCACCAUGACUGUAUGUUAUAAGACAAGGAAGUUCAAUGACGGUAUAGCCUGGAGGUUGGGAAUCAGUGAGAGAAGAGGUCAUCCUUCCUUUUCCCUCUUCUCCCUGCCUAAUUGGGGUGGAGGAGUCUUGCCGGUUCUCUCAGUUUGUGGCUCAAGGCUUCUUGCCCUGGGCCUGAAAUGAUUUCACCACCUGUCCUCCCCCCUCUCCCCAACCCUUGCAGCCUUUGCCCUCACCACCCUCAUAUUUAUUUAUUUAUUGACUUUUGUGAAUUUUCCCCUUCCUCUAUCUGUCCUUCACCCAACCCCUAUCUCCAGUGUUGUCCUGAGCCCUGCCUCUCUCUCCAUCCAUCUGUCUGUCUGUCCCAGGGCCAAUAAAAUCAAUCACCAGGGA